CUUGCGGUAAAGUCUGGCUCCUCUGGAUCAUACAGGUCUCUCCGCCUCACACUGGCUACAAGAAUAAUGUGCAGUUCUCCUCCGCGGCACCAGGUGGCGAUGUGCAGCACCUACAAUGUUUACUACUAAUAGAAAGUGUCGCCUGUGACUGCAGAUGGCGGCCUCCAGGAUGGCACACGUUGAGGGAAUGCUGGAGGACCCCGGGCAGUGUGUGCUCUUCUAUCAGGGACUAGGUCUGCCUUCCCUGGCCUCAGUGACACUGGCGCUCCAGCGCUUCAGAGAGUCAUCAGUGAAAAGAUGUAAAGAGAAGCAUCUAGAUGAGGCUGUCCAGGCGUUGGAAGCAGCGGCACAGGUUUUGGAAAACAUCCCUGAUGAUGAACUACUUCCAUUACUCCGUUAUAUCCUCACCACACAGAUGGCUUCUAGCAGUUCUUCCACUUUUUUCUUGAAGCUUGAAAAGGUACUAACAAAGCUAUCUCAGGUCAAACCAAACUUUGUGGCCCAGCACAGAGAAUCCUUUUUGGCUUGCCUGUUACAGAGGAAUAAAAAGGUGUUUGAGGUUGUUGAACUGCAAGCAGUAUGUAUGCAUUUAGAAGGAAGCCCUUCUGGACGGACAUAUUUUGCAAAAAAUCUACAAUCUUUACUUUCAAAAAUGUCUUCAACGUUUUCUUCAAUAAUGAGUGGAGAAUUUGCUUCACGUUCUGAUAACUGUCAUCUCAGUGUUAAAUUGUGCCUUCAGCUGUUUAGAGAGUUUGCGGACAGUAUUAGCCCACUGGUAUGGGAUUCUGCUUGUACUCCUAACCCUAUGGAAAGCAUAUUGGGAUCACUCCUUCAAAUAAUUACAGACCAGAACAUUAGCCAUGAUGCACGGUUAUUGGCUGGCACAGCUGUGGCCUCCCUGGCAAAUACAGGACCAGAAGUGGAAAUAGCUGCUCAAGCUGCCAUAUCCCUUGUACAGCACUUUAACGAUGCCACUGGUGAGCUACAGUUUGGAGAAUUGCAUAUAACUGACUGCAGGCAUGCAACCGAUGAAGUGGGAUUACUAGCAGUAAUACGAGGGCUCCUAACCUGUGGUCGUGGAGAUCUUCUCACCCUUAAAUUAAAUUCUUCAGACCAGGGAAUGACCUUGCUGGAGUGUCUGUUUCCUGCUAUAGCCGGUCUAUGUGAGCAACAAAUUGAACCAUAUUAUAGUUUUCAAGUGCUCUGCCUCUGGUUACAGCGUGUACGGGAACACCUGACUCUGCUGCUCAGUAUCCAAGGGGCACUUCUCUUGAUUGACACCAAAGAGACUGCCUCACGUUUGAUAAAUAUUUUAUGGAUUGGUGCUGAAAUGCAGGUAGAUGGGAUGACCGCUCUGGUGCUCAGCUGCUUCCAGCACUAUUUGCAUAUUCACCGUCAAGAGUGUCAGCUUUUGGCAGUAAAGGAAGAGACCUUGCUGCAAAAUCUACUGCAUAAAAUCAAAGAAAUCUCCUGGCAGUCUCGGUCGAGAUACACUGUGCUCUGUGCCAUUUUGCCAUUCUUGGGAUCGCAGAAGGUUUUGGCUUUGUAUCCUUUGCUUCCAUCCCAUCUGUUUUCCUGUUUGACGACGAACUACCUUUGGCCUCCAGCUGCAGAGACUUACCGCACACUUGUUUAUUUGCAAAGACAAGAAUGGGUUCAGGGGGGCACAGUAGAUGAAGAGGGGUUAGGUGAACAUUGGGCAGAAAUUUGGCUUGCACCUCUUUCUGAUGCACUAAGUUCCACAGAAAGCAGUCUACAGAAUAAUACUGCUACUCAUAUUCUCCCCUGCACCUUGCGCACAUUUAGUGACUCUUCUGGAUUAUUGGCUAAACAACUCUGUGGUUCAGACAUUCCACAUCUCCGAGGUUGGAUCAGCCUUGCACGGGCACAGAAAGUAGUCCUAGGUAAAGUGGAAGAAGCAGAGGAGAGGCUGCAGCUGUGUUUGGAAUCUGCUGAUGAUGGAGUACGUCUGGAUGCAAUGAGUUUUCUGUGCAGUGGUCCAAGGUGUAACCAACCCCCUUCCUCUAAAGAGCUGCAACUUCUCAAGAAGUAUCUGCCUUACAAUAUGGGCUGUGACAAUCCAGGCUUUCGACAGCAACUGCAGGCAGUACUACGCAGAGCUCUAGAGAGGCUUCGGGAUGCCGCCAUGUCUGCCCUCCGCAAGGGACAUACUAAGGAGGAAACUGUGGCACGGGCACUUGAGUUCACAGAUUGGAUAUUUCUUCUAAGUAUUUCAUCCCUGACACCUUCAGGGAAUUAUCAGCGGCGAUGCUCAGCCUUGAUCAUACUAUGCUCUGUGCUGGAAACUUUUACUGACUGUUGGAGCCCGCAAAGGAAGAAAGGACAACCCCCACAAGAUGUGUCUCUUCUACUGGAAUCAGCAAAGCAGAAAGGAUACUGGGAUUUUCUAUCAGCUGGCAGUAUGCAGAGGCUGUUGGGAUGUAUACAGGACAGUACUAAUGAGAUACGGGAGAUGGCGUCAGAUUUGCUUGCCCGUUUUUACCUGCCAGCGUCAAAGGAGCUGACUAUUACACUCUUUGAACUAGGGCAAGCUUUGCUCCGUAGUCCUCGUGUGCCAAUGGCAGAGUCUGGAGCAAUCCUAAUGAAGACUUUGCUGAAAAGGCCAAAUGAUUCUGUGCACUUGACAGAAGGUGUUCCCCUGUCUGCUCUAGGACUUGUUACCUAUCUUACCAAGAUGCUGAAAGAUCAUUAUUGUUGUGCACAGAAGAACCUUUUACUUGCAGUUAGCGAAAAGCCCCUGCAUGGGUUGCUUUCUGCUCUGAAGUUAUGCCUGCUGGAUGUUUCUCCUAAGUCCAUGUUACAAGCUGAUCAUGCCACCAGCUGGCGAUGUCUCCUGCAGAAUCUUGUUAGCUUGUUGCAAGAAAUAGCUUCCUUCAUCCUCCGCUUGCUGCACAAAGCAUGGAGGAAAGAGCCUACGGAAACAGCCGCCCCUUCUUUUCACGACAUGGGCAAAGCUGUUAGUGUUCUGAUUGCACAUGGAAGAGGCCUAGAGGAAGUCCAAGAAGACCUUCUCAUUUCUGAAGAGCACAGCCUUAUUAUGACUUGUUGCUGGGUCUCUUUAAAGGAAAUUGGGACAUUUCUUGGUCCACUGGUAGAGAAGUUGAUUGCUGCUCCUACACCAAUCAUUUCUGACACAGCAGUAGAGCGUUCUAUGGCAACAUAUCACGAUAUAUUCAUGAGAUGUCGUCACUGGGGGGCUGUAGAUGGAUGCAGCACAGGAUUUACAAGGCUUUGUGUAGCAUUACUUCACCAUGAAGAUGAAAGGUUGAGAGAUAUGCCAAGAAAAAUGAUGGAGCAGGCCUUGUUGGAGGCAAAGUCUCAGAACUCUCUCUCUGUUACCCGCAGAGCUGCAGGCUUUCCAGUUCUCCUACAGGGUAUCUUAUCUGCAGAGGGGCCACAACACCCACUUCUGGAAACGUGUGUAGUAUCUUUACUUACACUAGCUAAAGAGCCCUUUCCCUCUAACUGGGACCAGACACGAGACCUCCCACAGGUAACUGCUGUUCAUGCUCUACAGACUAUGCUUCGAUCUGCAGGCCUUCGCUCUACACUACUCUGCCAUGCAGUUCCUAUAAUGUCCCUAUCGGUCAGCAGUCUGUCCUCUCCCUGCUGGGCUAUGCGCAAUGCAGCUCUACAACUGUUCACUGCCCUCACUGUUGGAAUGCUAGGACUGUCUCGCAGUGAUGUGGAUUGUUCUGUGCAGAGCACACUUCAUGUUGGUGCUCUUCUGCGGAGAUAUCCAGGAUUGAGUGAUGUAAUGCUAGAGGAACUGCAAAAGGCAACACAGGCAAAAGAAAUGCUGCAUCCUAGUUUGCAUCCUAUCCUUACACUGCUUGCCAAGCUACAGCCUGGGGGAGACAGUGAAGCCAGAUGUUUUAUAGAUCCUCUGUUGGACCUAAGAGAAAACCCUAUUUAUGCUGUGCGUGUCAUGGCUGCCCGUGCUUUGGUGCCUGUUGUCCCAAGGCUAGACUAUCAUGAACUGCUUGUUCAACUGAUAAAAGGCCUUCCCCAUACCAUGCAUGGAGUGUCCCACAAUGCUUUACAUGGACGACUGCAGCAGAUUUACGCUCUGUUAUCAUUAGCUUCGAAGGAAAACUGUACUUCAGAGGAUGUCAUUCAGGAGGUGGCUAAGCAGCUAAUACCUUUUCUUUGGCUGCUGUCACCAGUGCAGAAGUGCCCACCAGUUAGAAAUGCCUUUCUGGAUGUUGUUUGCCUGUUGCUGCCCAGUUGUGAAGAAGACUUUUUAAGUCAAGUACUUGAGGCAGUCUGCAGGAAAAUACGUGUUGAAGAACAUAUAUCACAGGUAGGAGCUGACACAUUUCAUGAGGCAUGUGUCUGGUUUAUCUGCAAUGAAGCUAUCAGUUCUAAUAGCCAUGCUUGCUAUGGUCUAGUGUCACAGCUCCUUAAAUCUGGAGAUACGACUGUUCUUAGAUGGCUAAUAGAGAAGAAGAUUGGAGAUGUUCCUGGAGCAUUGGGACAGUUACUAGAAGACAUAAUGCAGGAUAUGUUGAGCAAAAAUCUGACCAAGAAUCAUUCUACGAGUCUCGGACUAUUCUUAGAAAGUUUUAUUCACCUGCACAGAGUUUGCCCAUAUCUAAAAAUGCAUCCUAUUCCGAAUGCUAAAACCAUUCAGUGUGUACACGGCCUUCUGUGUCUCCUGGAGGCAAGGAGAGGAGGACCACAAGUCCGUGGCCAUGCACUUUGUAAUCUAAGCUUGCUACUUGCACAUUGUGACCUUUGGCAUGAUCUGUCCCUUGCUACCCGCUGGCUCUCUACUCUCCUUGUGUGUGCAGACCCAGCAAUAUCAUGUGAGAAAUUGCGACUGGCUGCUGCAGAGGCUUUGCACUUGGCUGGCGGUGACCUAGUGAGACAAGCACUCCAACAUGCUUCAUGUGGUCUCAGACAGCUGGCUGUGAGGACUAUACUGUGUGGAGUGGAUUUGCUUCAAGAUGAGGACCGAGGUGUGAGAGACCAGGCUACUAGCUUUGCUGUCUUAGCCCUGAAUCAGCAAGCUGAGAAGUCUUUGCACAGUGACUGGGCUGUUCUUAAGCUCCUGGAGCUUUUGAGGGAUAAUUUCUGGGACUGUGAGGAGACCUUCCAUUCUCUUAUAUCUCGCCUACCUCCUUGUAAUCUUCAUGCAGCACUUUCCUCUCUUAAUGACAGGUCCGUGGCACUCUAUGAGGAGGAUGAGCCCAAUGUGUUUGCAGAUCCCAAUUUCUUUUGUAAACUGCUUUGUCCAUUGAUCCAGGAGCUGCUGGAUCUCAUGGCUCAGGAAUCUUCCCUGUGCUCAGUAGUGCUCCAGUGGGUAACAACUAAUGAAAUUCCAGUGCGAGAACAGAUACAGAUAUGGCACAGCUGGGUGACCGAACAAGGAUCCAUAUCGCCUCUGUUGCUUAGAGCCUCUGCUUGUUCCCAUGUACAUACAGCCAUCUUGGGUUUGCUGGUUAGAAUUGAGCUGCUCGUUAAGGCCCAGGAGAUGAAACAAGACAAUGGUUUCCAGAUUACACUUUCAGGUGCUCUGACAAAGGAGCUCUCUCAGAUAAAGGAGGAGCUUGCGCUUCAUCAUUUAGGAUUUUCUAAUAUAGUGACGAAUAUGAGACAAAGCUGAAAACAUUUGCCAUCAAAUGUGCUACGUUCCUAACUACAACAUAAUGUAAAUCAUUCUAUAACCUAAAAACAAAACAAUAAA